AUGGCCAAAAUCAAGAGAAGAGGAGAAUCCGGAGCGGCUAAAAAUUAUGUUACGAGAAAUCAAGCAUUGAAAAAACUACAAAUCUCAUUAUCCGAUUUCAGACGUCUAUGUAUUCUCAAAGGUAUCUACCCUCGAGAACCAUUGAACAAGAAAAGAGCCAAUAAAGGUUCUUCUGCUCCUGCGACUUUCUACUAUCACAAAGAUAUCCAAUAUCUCCUUCACGAACCUUUAUUGGUUAAAUUCAGAGAACAUAAAUCUUUCGCAAAGAAACUCGCUAGAGCAUUAGGAAGAGGAGAAUGGGCUCUGGCAAAGAAUUUAGAAGAAGCUAAACCUAUCGCUAGAUUAGAUCAUCUCGUCAAAGAGAGAUACCCCACGUUUACCCUUGCCUUACAAGAUCUCCAAGAUCCCCUCAACCUCGUCCAUCUAUUCUCAACUCUACCCACAAACCCUAUCCCAGGUAAAACCCUCGUACCCUCUUCUAUCAUCGCAGAAUGUUCUCGACUCAUAUCAGAAUGGAAAGUAUGGGCUAUUCGAACACAUUCAUUACGAAAGAUCUUCCUCGGUAUCAAAGGAGUCUACUACGAGUGUGACGUUCCUGGACAAGGCGGUGAAACAGUCCGUGUCAGAUGGUUGGAAGGUUACGAAUUCCAACAGCAUGUUCCCCAUGAUGUAGAUUUCAGAAUUCUUCUUACUUUCUUAGACCUUUACAGGACACUGAUAAGUUUCACUUUGUUCAAGUUAUAUACCGAGGAGAACUUGGUAUACCCCCCUCCAUUAGACGUUGAAUUAGAUGAAAGAGGAGAAUCAGUUGGAGCUUUCAGACUUGUCGAGCGAAAAGAUAACGAAGGUGUUCAAGGUGCUCAAGUAUCAAAGAAAGCUGUAAGAAAAGCAAUCAAGGGGAUCAAGGCUUCAGGUACAAACGGUGAUGCAGAUGUAGAAAUGGGUGAAGAAGAUGAAGAUGCUCAAGAAGGAAAUGAUGAUGUAGAAGAAGAUUUCGUCGAAAGACCAAGUAAAGGUGAAGAAGUCGAAGAUGUAGCUACAGCACCUUUGACAACGUAUAAUUCAUUACUUGCAACUACAUCAACACCUUCAACGUCAAAACAACAAACACUCUUAUUUUCACCAUACACAUUUUACCUUUCAAGAGAAACCUCUUCUCGUACAUGGGAAUUCGUAAUUAGAGCUUUGGGUGGUAAAGUGGUUACGUCGCUAACAGCACCUUCACCUACCGAUUCACCAAACGCAGAUUCAAUCACUCAUGUUAUCAUCGACAGACCAAUCACAGCUGAGAGGAUGAGGGAAAUGGAAAGUGGAAGAAAAUGGACUUGGAUCCAACCUCAAUGGGUCGCAGAUUGUGUGAAUAAACAAAAGAUAAUCUCUUCAGAAGGUUAUAACCCAGGUCAACUGUUACCUCCUCAUUUGAGUCCUUGGGACGGAGAAGGUGAUGUGUACAGACCUUGGUUGGAAGAAAGUGAGAACAAAGCUAUUGCAGCUGCUCAAGAGGAACAGGACGCUGAAGAAGAUGUAAUCGAACAAGAUGCUCAAGUAGAAUCUGCCGAUGAAGAGGAGGAGGAAGAAUCGAAUGAAGACGAGCAAGAUGAAGAAGAGGAACCUAAAUACCCACCUGCAUUAUUAGCUUCAUCACUUGAUCCAAACAACGCUUCAUUACUUCACGCAGCCGAAAUAGAAGCUGAACAAAACGGUACUUCACAUUCCGCUUUCAGAACUCAACUCAAAGAAGCUAUCAAAGCUAAUUCAAAAGCAUCAACCACUAAAUCUGUCACUGUGGCCAAGAAGGGUGAUGAAGAUUUAAGGAAGAUCAUGAUGAGUAACAAAAAGGCUAAAUUGUACGAGAAAAUGCAAUACUCUAACAAAGAGAAAGCUGCCGAGAGAGAGCGACUUGAGAAGAAACGUUUGGCUAUUGAAAAGCGAAAGCGUAAGGAGGUUAGAGCUUAG